UUAGUAAUUGGUAGGCUACUUAUUUAAGACGUCCGUAGGCUAAUUCUUGCUCGUCAGAUUAUAAUAGCAGUUAUCUUGAAUUAAUAUUCUGACUGGUCACGUAAUUGUGUAGCCUAUGGCAAGCCCUUUUAAAAUUUAAUAGCUUCGCUUGACUAUACAUAAUUACAUUUUAGAUAUCUACAAAUAUAUGUUGACAUAAUUACAAUGUGACUAGUCAGAAUGGUAAUUCAAGAAUGGUAAUGAUACAGUAAGAGAGAGUCACGUGAUCGUUCGAUAGCUGAACUAACAAUCUAACUUGCAGAAGGACUUGGUCGUUUCACGUACUGAAGCAAGUAAUAUGAUAUUUUCCGAUGCAACUCACUCACCGGAUGGAAGUAGAUUAUACUUCACCAGGCUAAUCCGAGAGUGAAGGACAUCUUAAAAUAAAAGUGCAUUUUCUGGCUCAUGGAUCUGGACGUGAUAGAGGGACUGAAUGAGGUGGUGCCGGCUGUGUACCGGGCUGCCUUGAAGCUGCGGUCCCUGCAGAAUCUAUGCCAGAUGCACAUGGUCACGCUGUCCGUGAUUGGCCCGGCUCUCCAGUCCCUGGGCGUGGCCGUGGGUCCUGGGGGAGGGGUCACGGAGGCUGACGUGAGGCGGAGCCUGGAACAGCUUUUCCAGGGCAUGUCCGACGAUCUCCCGGGCCAGGUGUCACCUGGAGCCGCAGAGCAGACCUCAGGACUGCUGUUCAGGCUGUUCGACAGGGAGCAGGCUGGCUGCAUCUCCCUGCAGUCUGUGGAGGUGGCUUUGAUUGCCCUCUCAGGAGACACGCUCUCUGCUAAACACGGUGCUCUGUACCGGCUGGCGGAACGCUGCAGCGGGCGGCAGGGCAGGGACAGCGGCACAGUGAGCCGGAGUGGCCUGAGAGUGCUGCUGGAGGACCUGAGCCAGAUCCCAGCAGUGGUGCAGGAGAGCCACGUGUUUGGUCCGGUGGAGAGCGCAGUACGCACCUGCUUCCAGGGGGUGCUGAGCGCGGGCGUGUCAGAGGAGGCCUUCCUGCGCUGGCUGCGCUCCGAGCCCCGGCUGCUGCUCUGGCUCUCCACCCUCUACAGGCUCUCCGUCAGCGAGGCCGUGGUCCACCGCGUGCGCUGCCACGUCUGCAAGGCCUGCCCCAUCACUGGCCUCAGGUAUCGCUGCCUGAAGUGUGUGAAUGUGCACCUGUGCCAGACCUGCUUCCUGACUCAUAAACGCAGCAGAAAACACAAACCCUCACACCCAGUGAUGGAGCACUGCACCCAGCCCUCCUUCAGGGAGUCGCUGGCCUCGCUGGCGCACAGCGCGAGACACGCCCUGCAGCGGAGACGCUUGGCCAGGAGGGAGGCAGAGAGGAGGAGCGCGCUCUGUACAGAGAUCCCUCCCAGAAUGCCGUGCAGUGCCCCCACAUCCCUGCUGCCACAGGCCACACCUCCUCAGACACAAGACCCGCCCCUUCCGCCCAGAGCAGAACCCAAGGCCACGCCCACAGAGCCCAGGCUCAAGUCAAAGGCCCUGCAGACGGAUGCAACCCUGCUGCCUCAGAGGAAGACAUCACUUCUGAAAAAAGACCUGAGUCAAACACAAAGGGCAGUAGAGGAUCUGCAGAGAGAGAAGUGGCAGUUGGAGAAGCAGUUGCAGGUAUGGAGAGAAACCGCACAGUCAGAACAUUCCUCUCUGGAGGACAAGUGCUGUCACUUGGAGGCCACAGUGGAAGUCCUGACCCGACACAACCAGAACCUGCAGGACGAGCUGGGCCGGAUUCGGCUGCUUCUGCAGCCGCUCCAUCCGAUUCCUGUGCCCAGUGUCUCCCUGGCAACAGCAAGUGGUGAAGGAGCCAAAGACACAGAGGCGUCGGCACCGGAGAGGGAGCAAACGGCUGGUGAGCGCCCCCUGCAGGAACAGGAGGCCCAAACGGAGGAGCUGGGAAAGGAGGUGCGCGUCAGCGAGGAAGAGGAGGAGACGAAAGUGGCGCAGACCUCCAGCGCUGGGGAGUCCGGCACCCCAGGACCGCGGCCGCUCGUGACCCCUGACCCCCGGUGCGGGGCAGAGCCGGCUCCCAGCCCCCAUCAGGAGGAGGGCCAGGGGCGUCCUGGGAAGGCUCUCUCGGACCAAUCGGAAAGCUUUCUGGAGCAGGAGGAAGAACUGGCCGACGUGGUGCAGCACCUGAAGACUGGCCUCUCUGUCAGCAGACGCACAGGGCUUGGGUCUGUACGGACGCAGGAGCUGCUGGCUGCAGCUGAGGCAGUGGGAGACUCCGUCGCGCAGCUGGUCUGCGCAGUCAGCUCCUCCGGCCCCGGCCCCGCCUCGACACCCCUUGCCAGCCGCGCAGCCCCGCGCUCUCAACCAAUCAGGGCGCUGCUCUCAGCCAGCUGCGCAGCUAGCGCACACAGCGGCGCUCCGCCCGCAGCUGCGACCGCAGUGAUCUGACCGCGCGGGCGCACUCGACCGCGAGCGGUCCGCUGCUGUCAGCGGGGUCGCCGCCUUCGAUCAGCAUCCGCGACCAGCAGAAGGCGCCGUGACCUCGUACCACAGAGAAUCUGCUUCAGGGUAUGAGGACCUCAGGCAGAUCGUCAGGUCCCAGAAACAAGGUGUGGCGUAUGCCCCCCCCCCCCCCCCCCCCACGACCGGGAGCAGGAGACCUGCCUGUGAUCUGUGCCGACCCGACCGGACCCUGAUCAACCCGUCUGGGCCCCCACAACCCAAGAAACACAACCUGAAAGAUAAAUACACAUGAAACACCAAUACGGCCUUCGCGUUUUCUUUUUCUCACACAAGUACACAAGCGCACACACACUCAUAUAUGCGCGCACACACGUUUACAAAGGCACACACAGUUAGGAUAUGGACACUACUCCGAGUAGGUUUGCUUUAACAUGAACACCGAUUCGUUUUCAGCUAUGAAAUAAGGUGUGGAAAAACCCCAUUAAGCUUAGCUUUUCACAAAAAUAACUGCUGUUGUACAUCUCCAUUCUGUGGCCAUACAGUUGUAUGUUUAUCAUGCUAAUAAAUUCAGAAAAUUAACAGAAGACAGAAAUAGAGAGUAUGGGGAGAAUUGGGGCUGUAAUUUCAGUUCAGAACUAUUCAACAUGUGAUGAAAGAGAUUUCUGCUCUAUCAAAACAACCCAGCUCUGUUGUCACCCACCAAACCAGAGCUGUUGCAGAACCUAGUUCUGCUAGAGCAGUGCUGCCAGACCUGGGCCCUGUUCUCCUUUCAUACCCCUGUAACUGGACCCAAAAUAGAGCCAGCAAAGAAGGAUGCCACAAAUGGGAUCUGUCAACUUCAGGAUACCAAAAGUGAAAGGCAUAAAAAUAUACAGAAAAUAUUAGUAAUAUUAUGAAGUAAGGACACAGAAGAGGCCCCAAAAUAAAAUACUUUAGUUCUUUUUUUAUUGAACGUCUUCCAUCUGAUUGUGAAGCAGUGUGGGGAGGGUUCAGGAGAUGGGAAGGGUUUAUCUGCAACAUGGGUGGGGGAGGGCGGGGUUAACAUACACCUGACGCACAGGGAAACGCAGAAGCAGUCAGCUUCGCUGCAGGGUGGAGUCGGGAAGCAGCCGCCUGUCUGUGUCUGUAUGGAGACUGAGGGACACAGAGAGCACAGGCUCCUUCACUCCUCCACUCUACAGAGGCACCUGAUUCUUUUUUCUCUCUUCACUUUGGAUUUGGCAAAUCCAUUAUUUUAUUUUAUUGUUUUUUUACAUUUCUUUAAAUAGUUAAAUUAAAAAAGACAAGAGGUGGGAGUGGCCAAGCAUAUAAAAGAUUGCCUUAUCGGUAUUAAUAAUAUUACCAUCGUUAUUGUUUACAUUUAUUAACCCAUAAGCUUGUGCAAUACCUUUCUUUGCAUAGUAAAUAAAACUUAAAUGGUUUAUUUGUUUGACAUGCACCUACUCUUUUGUUGAAUAUUCUUGUGGAUUUUGGGACUCCUUUAGUACGAUUUAAUAAGCCCAGUGUACUGUUUACAUGCAGUGCGCCAACAGGGACCCAACUUGUUUUCUAGUAGAGUUAAUGAGUACAUAAGGCCAAGCCAGUAUAGAGGGUGUUGCUAAUUGAGACAUUGCUGGCCCCCUUGGGACUGGGGAGUCCUGCCCCAAUCAGUGUGUCUGAAGCAAGCCAGCCAUACAGGAGGGGGCUGCUGUUUGACCACACCCCAAAACAUUUUGAUUGGUUAAUUCUUUGGCUUUGUGUCAUUGCUAGGAUUACAUUCAGACACCCCCAUGAUAGAACUCAAGAGGCUGUUCCUGGCCCGUUUUCCCUUCCCCACCCUCUUGUCUGGCAUUGACCUCUGACCCCUGGACAUGACAUAGAAGCCCGAUCUGUGGACCUCUGUGCACCCCUCCCGACGUACCUAAUCCCGGUGCAGCAUGGGGCAUUUCGGUAGCUCUGUGGGGUAAAACUGCUGCACACUACUGCAUGUUGCAUGGUAGUGUCAGCUGUAAUUAUUUGGCCGAGAUAACAAUUGUUUAAUUGCUUAAAUUUUGCUUGAUUUGUUUUUCCAUGAACAUAGCCAAAGAACAUCUGCUAUACAACAUGCUAAUGUUAAAAUAUAUAACAAAAGCAAUCUGGGUAAAUUUAUGGAAAAAAAUAAACGCUUAAUGGUGAAUCACA